AUGAAAUCGCUAAAAAUUAAGGGGCUGAUGAAGGGGAAAAACGAGGAAUACUACAACCUUGUCUCAGUUAUAAGCCUCAACGAUGAGGACCUAGACGAGCAGAUUAUUCAAACGGAGGAAAAUGUGAAGGCUAAUUGGGCAGCCAUAAAAAGUGCCAAGGAAAUCAGCAAAAGUGAGAAAAAACUCUUUGGUGCAAUCAUGAGAAAUGAAAGAGUCCGCUUAAGGAUAAGGGGAAAUAUAAAAAAGGUACCACGCAGAAGGAGGGAAGAUCUCAAGGGGUAUUACCGGGAGGAAGCACUUAAUGGUUUCUUGGGUGGAGACGUAAGUAGUGACAAGGAAUGUAUGAACGGAAUUUUGAAUUACCUGCAGAAUGUCCAGGGGGUAAAAUUUCACGGAAAUGCCAUUAGGAAGGGGAGAAGCAGGCGGGGAGACAGCAUAGAGGAGGCCUCCUUCGAACGAUUGAAUGACCGAAGUGAUGUUGGCAGGCGGGAAAGCUUACGGAGGUUCCACCUUGUAUGGCACUGGGGGAAGCAAAGAAAGGGAGAGGCAAAAAGGGCAGAAGAAAGAAGGGAACAAGUAAGAAAAGAAAGGGAAGAGGCAAAAAGGGCAGAAGAAAGAAGGGAACAAGUAAGAAAAGAAAGGGAAGAGGCAAGAAGCGAAGAGGCAAAAAGGGCAGAAGCAAGAAGGGAACAAGUAAGAAAAGAAAGGGAAGAGGCAAGAAGGGAAGAGGCAAGAAGGGAAGAGGCAAAAAGGGCAGAAACAAGAAGGGAAGAGGCAAGAAGGGAAGAGGCAAGAAGGGAAGAGGCAAAAAGAGAAGAAGCAAAAAGGAGAGAAGCAAAAUGGGAGGCACACCAAAUGAACCGAAUCCCUCGCGUGAAAGACAGCAGGGUAGGGCUGACCCCAAUCCUUAGGGUCAAAAAUAAAGUCAUUCAAAAAAAAAGGGGGAAGAAAAAAAGCAUAAGAGCUAGCCAAAACGUUGCCACCGAACCGCUAACCAUUAACGAUGUGGUGGAAAAGACACUAAGAAGGACUUUUCGCGAAUUUAACAUGUGGAUAAAGGAGUUGCAGAAGACGAAGGUGACUAUCCAAUCACGACAGAGAAGAGAAGUUCAUUAUAGGACCAAGCGAGAAGAAAGACGCAGCCCUAUGUAUCAUUUGAAACAGGGCAGCUGUGUGAGUCGAAAAAGGAACAAGUGCCCCAUGAGGAGGAUCCCAAACUAUCAGCAGCAUAAAUUGUACUUUAACGGACUCUUCCAACACAUAAGAGGAAGGAAGAAGGUAUCACUAGCAAUGGCUUCUCCAUCCAAAGGGAGAAGAAUCCCAACUGAGGAGAUGGCUUCCAUCAGAGCGGCUACAAAUGCAGAGGAAGAGGAGGAGAAGUUCGUAAAGAAAAAACUUCUACUGAAGGAAAGGAUUAAGGACGAGUAUCGGAGGAAGAGGGAGGGGUCCAGUUUUUACAACAACAACGAUGGGUUCUUUCCACCUCAUGCGGAAGCUUCCUCCAACCCGAGAUGCAGCACUAACUACAUGUGCGACGAGACAGCCCUCAGCGAAGGAGAUCUCGACGAUUUGGAGUACUUCGUUAGCGUGAAGGGGAAGAACGCGAGGAGGUACGAGGGUUACCUUGCGCAGGGGGAGAAGCCAGAAGGCAAAGAAGCAGGGGCGAAGCCAGUUGUUCCACGCCCUGUGGAUUUUUCAGCUCUGCUAGGAAAGCGACCUGGCGACAGUCCAUUCGGAGGAAACUCCCCGCCCGGAAAAAGUGCAAACAAAGAAAUGGCCCAAAUGAAAGAGAAAUUGAAUCAUCCAAAGGAAGACAAAACGGAAUCGUGGAUGAAGGGAACAAUUGGAAUGACAACACGUGUAGGUGCCUCAGUGGACCAUCCCAGGAAAUAUAAUGCCACAAAAGGUAAUGCCACUGAUCGGGGAAGGCGCUCUGAUAGGAAUAAUCCACCGGAACGUUGCGAUAACCAGUUGGGUAAAAAUGCAGAGAAGGGGCCCCCCCCGGUAGAGAGCAAGAAAAAGCUUACCGGGAUCAUGAAGUCCAACACGAUGAUAUUGAAGCAGCAUCAGGGUAAGAAGGAAGGCCUAGUGGACAAAGGAAAGGCCAUCUUAGGGACAAACAAAGUGAUGGAUAAUGCUCCUAAGGAGGUGAAAGCUACACCGAAUAGUCCUAAAAUUGGGGAGAAUGGAACGGAUAAGAAGAACCCCGCAGUGGCAGGAGAUGAGAAGAGAAAGUCUGCAAUAUUGGGAAAAAACUCCACAAAGGUAUCACCUCCUGUGGGGGUGAAGACAGCACAGGAAACGCCAAAGGAGAGUGCUUCCAUGAGAGACGCUUUAAAAGGGAAGAGGAUUUCCCCUCCACUGAAGGGCUCGACACCCGAGGGGCUUAAUAACUCUCCCCGUGGUUUGGUCAAUCAAGACGGGGAACCCAAGAAUGCGGGUAAGUGCAGCUCACCCGCGAUGGACACCUCGGGGGUGAGCGAACAGAGGGGGGGAGCGGCCGUUGGAGGAGUCGCGGCUGCAGACGCGGAUAAACUGACUGCUAUCGAAAAGGAUACCACGCACAGUGGUGGGAAGCCGAAAGUUGGGCGGGUUGACCUAAAGGGGGGUCUGCCAUUGGUUAAGGGCAUCGAGGCGUCCUCAAAGGGGGUAGACGCCGCCAACCAGAUAAACGACGCGAAGAAAGAAAGCAGGCCCAGCGACGGAAGCGACAGCCGCUACAGCAGCGACGGGGCUCCCUCGAAGCAAUACCCAAAAGGAUUGAGCAAACGGCCAAGCAUUAAAACGGGUGUCAGUAAACCAGAUGGGAAUGAAGCCGGGAUGAAUCCCACCUCGGGGGGGGAAGAUAAAGAGAAGGUACAAAAUGACACCAAGGGAGAGCCGAAAAAGGAGCUCUCACAAGAAGGGGGAAACAAACUAGACACAGAGAUGGAGAAAGGUCACUCCGUUUCUUCCACCAGUGAGGUGAAGAAUGGAGAAGGUAACAAAAUGGUGGCCAGCGCGAAGAUCCCGUUGAAGCUCAACAACAUGGCGAUGAAGAAGGCCCUUCUCGGGAAGAUGCUGGCGAAGCGGGGGGAAGAAGCGAAAAAGGGGGAAGACAAGAAAGGAGAGGCGCCAGAGAAGGGAAAAGACAGCAAAGAAGGAGAGGCGAAAGACAACAAAGGAGAGGCCAGCGAAAAGAACAAAGCGAUGGAGAAGAUGAUUCCAAAGAUGAUCCCGAAGAUGCUGCCGAAGAGUAUUCCAGAGAGCAAAGUUGGCAUUUCGAAGAUGAUUCCCUCGAAAGGAGUCCCCUCAAAGGAUAAUUCUAUUUUGAAGGCAAAGGCAUGGCAGGUUCCGGGUGAGAAGGAGAGCGGGAAGGAGAGCGGGAAGGAGAGCGGGAAGGAGAGCGGGAAGGAGAGCGGGAAGGAGAGCGGGAAGGAGAGCGGGAAGGGGAGCGGCGAAAGGUUGUCUCUGAAGAACAGCCUGUCCAUCAAGGGGGACGCGGAAAAAGAAGACAUGGCAAAAGAAGACGUGGCAGAAGGGAACGCCGCAGAAGGGACCACAACGAAGGUGCCACCACAAGUAAGCACACCCACCGUGAAAUCUGUGCGAGACUUAAAGUGCACAAAAUCGGACGAAGGGGUACCCAAAGGAGAUAACAACUUAAGCAAGAGGGGGUUCAUGGAAAAUGCAGUGAGGAAAAACAUAGAGAGGAUGUUGGACAGAGCGGAGAAUUGUAUAGUGCCUGUUGGGGGUGAGAAGAAUGGCAAGAGAUUUAGCUUGGAAAAAAUUGCGCUGAAGGAGCGUCCUAAAGGAUUGGAAGUAAAGAAGGACAGAAAGGUGAAGGGGGGGAAGGGAACUGUCCUCCCCCUAAGGGAAGUUGGAAGUUCUGCUGCAAAUGAUGCUGCAAAUGAUGCUGCAAAUGAUGCUGGAGUUGCUACUGGGAGCGAUGCCGGAAGCGACGUGCCCCCUACCAAGGAGCGAAAAAGAUACUCAGUGACGCUGAACAAGUUUUCAAACAAGAUAGAGGUAAAGAAGAAAAGUUCGGUCGAUGUGGUUGAAUUGUUCAGUGCGGUAGAUAAGAAAUCGGGAGAGGAGGAGGAUGGCUGCGUUCGGAGUGGUAACAAAAGUGAAGACAUCGUUGAAGAGGAGGGUUCCACGGGGGGAGUUCAAAACGCGCUUCCAAACGGAUCACCAUGUAGAAGCGAUGUAGAGAAUGUGACUCCCCUAAGUGUCAACACCGCCGAUGAGGAACCAAAGAAGGCGCCGAUGAUAACACCUCUUGUUAAGAAGGACGUGCUGCCUAAAUUAAUAUCCAAACUGGCACUAGAUAAUAAGGAGGCAGCACCGUCGGGGGAGAAGAAUGGAGAUUUUGCGAGGGGGCGUGAAGGAGGAGAGACGAAGCCCCCGAAGGGGGAUGAAGAGGACCCCGGCGAGGAAGGCAAGGACAAGCACGACGGAGAACAGAAGAAGGAAAACCGAGUUGAAAAAAAAGGGGAAGUAUCACACAGUGAAGAAACACACGGUGAGGCAGCUCACAGGGGGGAAAAACUAGAAGACGACGACCCACCUGUGCCCAAAACGAACGUCGUGAAACCCCCCCUCUCACCACCCAAAAUGAAAAAUGCGGCACCUGGACAAGUGAAAGGCGCUCCAAAUGAAAGCAACUUUAUGUCCAAACUGCAGAUCGUGAAGAAUAAAUCUAUGCAGAAGCAGUUUCCCCUAAAAAAGGUCGCGAUGCUCAAGGGGAGUGGCGAGGAGAGUACUCCUAAUGGGAAUGGCAACAUCGGGGAGAAAGGCGGCCCCUGUGGAAGCAGCCUCUGUGAAGGAAGAAACACCGGGGAGGAAACCCCAGUGAAGGACCAAAACCCGCAAGUCAAGGCAGUGGAUAAUGACACCUCCCCGAAGGAUACCAUCACGAAGCAGGUAGACCUUCUCCCUCCCACAAGUGAAAAAAACGAAAAUGAAGCAAAAGACAAUUCCCAUGGCAGUAGUAGUGGACCGGAUCCCGUGGCCCACACAAAGAAAUGUCCAGUGAAAAAAGUACCACCCAAAUCGAUAGUCAAAAUUAUGCCGAAAAUCCCCCCCAAAGUUGUAGCCACUCCACUUAAUGAAGUUAAUGACUCAAAAAAAAAUGUGACCAAGGAGAAGCCGCCCUCUUUAAACAAUCUCAAAGCAAAGGCAUUUCCGCCACGAAGUGUGAAGGAAGAAGACACAGAAUAG